UGGCUCUCUUCCAGUUGAAAUCCAGCUUCUCAGAACUAGGUGAACAGGAUUUGUUGCUUCACUUUGCCAGAUACACUCUGGGAGGGAAAAUAAAUUGAUGCUGGUGCUGCUGGUGCUCGCCUGCUGAAACUCAGCUUCCACCGCCAUUUCGACAAAACCCCCCUCCAUCCGCGCCCGAACGCAACCCAACACACAAUCUCUGUCAUCGUCUUUCUUUCCGAUCUCUGCUUCGCUCACUCACCAUGAUGAUGGAUUUCCAAAAACACCACCCGCAGCCACCGUAUCACCCUCACCCAUCGCUUCUUGGGCCGGCUGCUCACGAUCCUCGAGCGGCGCCUCCAGCGCCGCCUGCAGCGCGCGCCUACGGACCUCCUCGACCACCCUCACCUCGCCCGUACUACGAUAUGCUUCAGCGACGAGAGUCCGAGAUGCCUCGAUCGGCCGCCACAACUCCGGGAUACAAUUACCCGACGCCCUCUUCCGCUCCGGCGCCCGUCCCCUCCGUCGCGUACGCCCAUGAGCCCGCCUAUGCGUCAUUACGGACAGAUACCACCGGGUAUCACCUCGCACCAACGGGCCAUGGUUCAUCGAAGAAGCAUAAUCUUCCGACUGGGCAGCGAGACUCUGAUAAUCGGCAUGAUCCCCCUUACGAUCAUAAUUAUCUCAACCACCCGGAUCGACGGAUGAUGUAUCGUGAAGGUAGGCCAGAUCUAUUUAUUUUGAUCAGAUAUACUAGUUUACUGCGUGCUGCUCUGUGAUUUUGCGUUGCCAAGUUGCCUGCGGGCUUUUCUCGUGUUGUGGCUGGGUGCCUGAGCCAGACUGGGCAGC